GAUCCUUUAGGCUAAUCAAGGUCUAGGCCUAGUGGGUGUGUAGUCAGGAGGCCAAGCAAGUCAAAGAGUAAGAUCACAAAAGUCUCACCAGUCGACCUAUUAUUCAUUUCGAUAUGGCUGAAGGGUUCGCAGCAGAUUCAGAAUUGUCUGAUAUCAUCAGCAAGCUAUGGGACAUGGACGACAACAAAUGUUAUCCUGGGACAGACUAUGAGCUUUACCUUCAAGGCUAUGUGAACAACCCAAGAGAAGUGGGCCGUGAUUAUGCUCGUCAUAAUCUGUUUGACUGGCUGGAUGAAGAGCAAGUGUUCAGCCGCCCCACUUACAAAGCUUUCAGGGCCCUCUUGGACAACUACGAGAUGGAUUUGUCAGAGGAGGAGGAAGUGACUUGGGAAGAGCGACAGGAGAACUACGACUUUCUCACAGCCAUCAUGGACACUGCGGUGAUGAAAGAAGCCCAUCAGUUUCUGGUUUCUAAAGAAGUUGCUCCUGAAGAUGAGGAGGAGUUCAAGAAGAUGCUCCACGACAUUUGGUUUCGUCUCUUCAAGAGAAAGGGUGGCAGGGGAAACAAUUCCUGCAGCUUUGAGCAUGUGUUUGUUGGUGAAGGCAGAGGGGAUGACAUGAUCGGCCUGCACAAUUGGAUACAGUUCUAUCUCCAGGAAAAAGCUGGAAACAUUGACUACCAUGGCUUUUUCAGAAGAGAAACUGUACGAGAUGAUGAAAUCCUGCGCCUUAUGGCUGUGCAGUUCACAUGGAAGGGCAUUAUGGGAAAGCCUAUGUGCAGCGUCUUCGUGGGCUCCAGUCCAGAAUUUGAGAUUGCAGCUUACACCAUCAGCUUGCUUCUGGAUCGUGACGGCAAGAUGGAUGUUCAGCUGGGUGAAUAUGAGGUGGAGCUGGUCGUUCACAGCUUUGGCUGGAAGAAGAAGCUUGGCACAGCGUACCUAGCGGCUGCACGUAUGGACCAGUACGCUAAAAAGAAAGGAUGGUAGAGACAGAAUGACAGUGAAACAAAGAGUGCCCCCCCCCCCCCACAACCCUCUAUCCUCCUCCCCCUCAUGCUACAUACAAACCAUCCAUCAGACGUUGAUAGGAAAUAAUGCUUAUCACAGACGUUUGGAAGGGUUGAUACGAGAUAAUGCUUAUCACAGACGUAUGGAAGGGAUGAUACGAAAUAAUGCUUAUCACAGACGUUUGGAAGGGAUGAUACGAAAUAAUGCUUAUCACAGACGUUUGGAAGGGAUGAUACGAAAUAAUGCUUAUCACAGACGUUUGGAAGGGAUGAUAUGAAAUAAUGCUUAUUACAGAUGUAUGGAAGGGAUGAUACGAAAUAAUGCUUAUCACAGACGUUUGGAAGGGAUGAUAUGAAAUAAUGCUUAUCACAGAUGUAUGGAAGGGUUGAUAUGAAUUAAUGCUUAUCACAGAGAGGGGGGUGGGGGAGGGAUUUUUAGUUUGCCACUUUGAAAAGACUUACUCCUGAGUGUUAUAGAAAUUGCCAUUUUAAGUUGGACAAAAGCACUUUUUGUAUCAGUCUGAUAUACUUACUUCUCACCAUGUUUUUUGAGUUUCUGGGAUUCUCUAUGGAUUUCAGUGAAAUUUAUUUUGUCCUCAGUAUAUUUUGUACCUGUUGUCUAUAUAGUAACCGGUGGUGAUUCCAAUGUUAAGAGGGAGACCCCUUCUGGUUGCAGUUUGUUAACUUUUUAGUUUGUUGUUGUUUUGUUUUUUGUUAUUGAAACCUGUACUACAAUUUGUUACCUAGGGUUUUCUACACAGCAAAACGUUUUGUUCUGGUUGCUGUCAUAAUCUACUGCAUGCCAUUUCUAUUUUUGUUAUAAGUUAUAAGAAUACUGGUACUGUGUAGAUGUGCAAAAGAUGAGGACACACUGAAAGAAUCUUCAGUAGUAUGCUCUGAGAUUCUUAGUAAUGUGUAGAAAAAAAGAUACUGGUAUGCCAAAAUUCAGAUCAAAUACAUGAGAAACUAGUACCGUAUGGAAAUGUCAUUUUGUAAUUUUUAUUAUUUCUUUCUUGUAGUUAUUACUCUCGCAUUCUUCCAAAAAGUAACCAUGAAAAGUAAUUGUUGUAUUUGCUGGAAUUGCUACCGAUAGCAUCGCUGGCAAGUUGCAAGUUGCUCAGCUUAUCAAUUUCACAUGGGUGAUGGAUGAGAUUGAAAUCCUUUUUGAGGUGAUAUCGUUUUCAUUUGAGAGAAUUGUUGAUAUCAUAGAAACUAUUCCUAGUGUUGACAAAGUGACUUGCUUCCUGUGUAACUCCAACAAGAGACAUGUCUUUAGAGAGUGUAACAUGACACUGUUAUCUCGUUGAAGCUGUUACAUUUCAUUGACAACCUGGAUAAAAACAGUUUUUAAUGGCCCAAUAAUUCACAAAUUAUGAAGAAUAUUCUUUGUUACUUUUUGUCUGUAGUUCUCAAGAGCAUGUUUUGUUUUAGUGGCUGUGGUUUCAAUAGCGCUGACAAUGCUCUUCAACCUAGCACUGAACAACAAGGCCUUUUAUUGUUCCUUUUUCAGUUUCCUAUUUUGACUUUGAGGUUUGUCUUCUUGUUAUCACGCUGGUUGCCUGCGUUCCUUACGGGUUUUGUUCUGUUUGUUUUUCUCUUUGAAAAACUUUGAAAGUAUUUGAUUAAUGCUCAUUCAUUUGUUGAACUGAUUAUUUGAGGCUGAUCAAGCUAAGUGUUGCUUUGUUCUCCCAGCUUUUGCGCUGUGUUUCCUCAAGUAGUUCUUCUGUCUUUGGAGGAAGCUUUGGUUUUCACCCUUUGUACACAAGCUACACAGCAAAGAAUAAGUGUGUAGAUUGCAGCUAUGAGCACAGUAUUUCUUUCUUAUUUCAACCGUAAUAAGAUGUCUUUUUUUUCUUUAAGAUUUGCUACUGCAGAUUAUUUUUUGAUAUAGAUUUUAUUCAUCUUAAUAUCAAACUCAACUUUUCUCCUGCUUUAAUUAGGACCUUUGGCCUGCAGGAAAUGGUUUGGGUUUGGGUUUUUUAAUAGUUCAUAUUGUAACCAAAUGCAAAAGGAGCUUUAAUUCAAAACAAAUUUAUUAUUGUUUAGAAAAUGACCACCUUCCUUUAUCUCACUUCUAAAACUCCUUUCAAUGCAUCUCGUUGAGUUGAGCAGGGAAAAUUUCCUUCUGUUGAUUUUUGCUGUUGUGGAACUGUUUUAUAUGAGUUUUUUGUUUUUGUAGAUUCCCACAGACUCUGUUUCUGUCUCCCUGUUCCCCAGAACAGUGCUAGCGUCGUUGCCUUGUACUUUAGCGUAACUCACAAAUUAUCAUGCUCUAUCUUAUGCAGUUCUUCUCACGUUCACCCAGUAAUUAAUUCUUGCUCGUUAUCUAAGCACAUUAAACAUGUACAUUGUGAGCAGUGACAAGUUCUAGGGUUAUUUUGUCUCUGAUUUGUGUUGGUAUUUCUUGACAUGGAUGUCGUGAUGGUGGUAUUUCUUGACAUGAAUGUCGUCUCAAAAGUUUUCCCUCAGCUAGACUCUGGUUCUGUUCGCUGAUGAACUUUGCCAAUACAGAGAGGGUAAUUACUUGGCCAAUACAGAGAGGGUAAUUACUUGGCCAAUACGUACAGGUUAAUUACUUGGCCCAUACAUAGAGAAUGAUAGAGAGGUUAAUUGUUCAAAUCCAAAUGUAGAAUUUUCGUGUCAUUCUAGAAAUGUUUUUGUCUCAGAUGGGUGUUUUGAUGGUGAUUAACUAUUGUGUCUUUGAACUAACAUCCCAGAAAUUGUUGUUGAUAGAUCAUAGAGUGUUUUCCCAGUGGAUAGGUGGUCCUGUCACUGAAGGUGCUAUACUGACAGGGCUACCACUCAUCUGUUAUAUUUGUGGAACAAUAAUGUGAAGAGUGCUUACAAUGACCUUGGUUAUGACCAGUGGUGCCUAGAUGCUUCUGAUGUAUGUUAUAUAAUUUUGCUAAUGUUGCAUUGUCCAGGCCAUAUAGACCAACAUUAUUAUUAGGACUUGUUUAAACAUUAUUAGGUCUUUUCUUUUAACUGAUCAAAUGCACAGAUGGACUGAAUUUUUCAGACUUUUAGUCUUCAGCACCGUAUCUUUGUGUUUCUUCAUGUAUGAUCAGAAGCUUACUUAUUGUUUUGGAACAAAACCGUUUUUAGUUUAGCAUUUAUUAGUUAUGACAAUACUCUAAUUUUAGUGCCUCCUAGUCAGAGUUGUAGAGUGGCAUUAUUUAUUUUUUCAGCUGCUGAUUUGUCCUGUUUCCGAUGAGAAUUUGUAACAAUUGUAUAUGUCGAUCAUGAUCGGACAUGAAACAUGUGGUUCAGUUUCUCUGCAGAGGUUGCUUUAUAAUGGGGGGGAAUGUUUUUCUUAUUGAGCGAAUUGACGAGUCUACUUGUUAUGUAACCCAGCUGUAUGUGAAGAAAACUUGCAAUGCAAUUUUACCUUUUGACAUAUGUGCUCUCAAACCCUGGAUUGUUUUAUUACCACUAGUGGGACCUAUAUGGCUACAGGUUGGUUCACAGAACACUGGCUUGAAAUUGAAAGAACUAUUUGUAAUUCAACUCGUAGAUUUUCUAUAUUUUGUGACAACUACUAGGGAUGCAGACUAUUAGUAAAAAUCUAGAGGUUUAUAAAAGGCAAACAAGUCAUUUUGAUCAGCUGUGUAUAGUCACAUGGACUUGUGUAUUUCUGUUGUCGUCAAGACAUGCUGUGAUUCUGUUCCUUCACUUGCACAAAUUCACUUUGAUUUUUGUCUGAAAGUGACAAUCUGUGUUAUCAGGAGACUUGUUCUGUGGUUGAGAGUCCUAUUUUAGGGAUAUUUUCCACACUGCCUAGGGAUAAAGCAAGGCUUAAAGACCAUCAGUGAUUUCCAGCUUUGAAGAGUGUUUCUUGUAGCACGCUUAGUAAAGCAAACUAAACAGAAACUGGUGGUAAGUUCUUUCAAUUUGCAAUGUUAUGAGAUGAACGGCUAAUGAAGGCAUAAGUUCUCGAAAUAAAAGCUGUUGAGAACAAAAUAAGAUUUCUGCUGCCAUACCAGUUUUUGCUUUAUGAACAGGACUUUGGUGAAGAAUAUGAACAGGACUUUGGUGAAGAAUAUGAACAGGAAUUUUGUGAAGAAUAUGAACAGGACUUUGGUGACGAAUAUGAACAGGACUUUGGUGAAGAAUAUGAACAGGACUUUGGUGAAGAAUAUGAACAGGACUUUUGUGAAGAAUAUGAACAGGACUUUGGUGAAGAAUAUGAACAGGACUUUUGUGAAGAAUAUGAACAGGACUUUGGUGACGAAAAGUUUGUCUGAGAUAGGACAAUGGUUGUACAUGAACGUUUUAUUGUGGCCCAUUUAUACCCUACUUUGUCAUUUGUUUUGUUCUCAAACAGUUUAGCUGUUCGGGUCUCUGUGUGGUAUGUGGGAAUUGACAAACGGCUCUCUGCCACAACUUUCAUCUCUCUAUCUCGACAAUACGCAACUUGUGUCAUUCAUCUCUCUAUCUCGACAAUACGCAACUUGUGUCAUUCAUCUCUCUAUCUCGACAAUACGCAACUUGUGUCAUGAUUUUGGUGAGCCAUCAGCGGGGUGGGGGGGGUGGGGGGGGGUUGUUCUUUAUAUGGGAACUGUUGUCCUUGAUGUCACACUGCAGCACAGCUCCAUUGUUCUUGUAUUUACACCUGGAAACUAGGGAAAGUAAAAUGUGCAAUGGCUUUGACUGAUGUGCAGCUGUAUCGGUACAGGGAGGGUUGUUGUAGUUGUUGUAGGGUGCUACCAAUACAGAUCUUACUUCCUUUCUUUCCAUUUGUUGUUACAGGGAGGGUUGUUGUAGUUGUUGUAGGGUGCUACCAAUACAGAUCUUACUUCCUUUCUUCCCAUUUGUUGUUUCUGUCUAUCUUGCUUUUUUCCUAGUACUAAAUAGCCGUUAUCUUUUCUACAUUAUGUUUGUCUUAACUCAAGCCCACCAUUAUGAGCCGAAAAGUGGCUACACAAGUGGUGGUGCAAAAGAUUGACAAGCUUUUGUUUUAUUGUUACCUGAACUUCUACUGAAUUCAAUGCUCACUAUUUAUUCCAUUCAAAGAGAGAUACUAAUCAUCUUGCCGGUUAAUGCUUGCCAUUAGCUCAUGUCGAAGUAACAUGCAGGAAACCAGAAUCCAGGUCUGUUUCUACACUUGCAUAUUUACCAAUGGCUCAACGCCCUUUCUUGUGACAAGGAACAUUAAUUCAGAGGUCUUACUGUUACCUCUAUAGGACAUUAAUUCAGAGGUCUUACUGUUACCUCUAUAGGACAUUAAUUCAGAGGUCUUACUGUUACCUCUAUAGGACAUUAAUUCAGAGGUCUUACUGUUACCUCUCUAGGAACAACAGGCAUGUUUGUCAGGAUGUGGAAACCUUAGUCUUGCCUUCUUGUGCGUGGCGUCUGUGGCCUAGUGGUUAGGCUGCUGGACUCGUAAUCAUGAGAUUGCGGAUCCUGAGGUUUGAGUGUCAGCUCGGUCUGACGUUGUGUCCUUGGGAAAGGCACCUUAAACGAUUUUCUCGAUUGGCGUGGUCCUUUCGGAGAUGGAUAUUAAACUCGGAGGUCACGUCUCUUAAAUAACCUACUAGUGUUAUAGGGUCGUUAAACCUGUACCAUUUCACCAAUUCUGCUUGUGCGGAUAAAGAGAUAAUAUCUCAUAUUAUGUCAUUUUGGUGACUUGACUUUCUCUCUGUAGUUUGUAGAUAGAAGGUGAAAAUGGUUGUGUCAAUUGCUGUUGGUUUGUUUCUGAAAUUCUCUUUAUGAUUUGACAAAUCAUCAAAGGCCUUGAGAUCAUUGACAGUGUGAGCAUGGUGCUGUGACUUUUUAGAAUUCAGACUGUUUUAUUACUGUACCGUAUUUAAGCUAUGUUGUAAUUUUUGUUUUGUUCUUUUUUGUUGAUAUAAAAAUGGAAAACUUACACUUGACAGUCAGGUAUCUUGCCCCACCGUACACACUUGUCAGUCGUUCUACCAGUACACACUUGUCAGUCGUUCUACCAGUACACACUUGUCAGUCGUUCUACCAGUACACACUUGUCAGUCGUUCUACCGGUACACACUUGUCAGUCGUUCUACCAAUAGAAUCAAUAAAAGAUAGAAGGUAUUUAGUCUCUAGAUGUUCAAAUGUUGUCUUUAUUUAAUCAAAUGUUGUUUUUAUUUGUGUUGUCAUUUCUGCAGUCUGAUGAUCUCAGCAGUACGGAUACCAGUCAGACCAAUAUCAUUUCAUGUCCACCCCUGUCUAGUACUCGUCCUCUCUGUCCUUCUUAUGUCAUUUGAAGGUCGUACUUCUUGACUUCCCCCUUGAAACUUCUGCCUGUCCUUUAUCCAAGCAUGAAACAGUGUUUGUAAUGUUCAUUGGACCCAAUGUUCAUAUACUCCUCUCACAUUUAGACUCAUCCUCAUCCCAAAACUCCUCUCACAUUGAGACUCAUCCUCCUCCCAAAACUCCUCUCACACUGAGACUCAUCCUCCUCCCAAAACUCCUCUCACACUGAGACUCAUCCUCCUCCCAAAACUCCUCUCACACUGAGACUCAUCCUCCUCUCAAAACUUUCCUUCUGUCUCUUUCAUUAUCUGAAUUAUCUUUACCAAAAAAGAAAACAGACCUUACAUUGUUUCAAAGUACCUUUGGCAGGCUUAUCACUGCAUUAUCAUUACAUAAAUUGGUGGGGGGGUUAUGUCAUGUUUUUUCUAAUUUUUUAAUGCAUGAAAAGUUCUGCUCGAAAUGAUAAUGUUAUUAACGGUACGUCCAAAAGUCAAAUGUCAAAAUAUGGUGAUCAUAUAAUAUUUAACUAACUCAGCCCUUUAGAAUUGCUGAGAUUGGAGUCCAAAGUUAUGUGGAAAUUACCAGAUGUCAGUAAACUCGAUUUUCUGAUGUUUGUCAAAACAUCUCUACUGUAGGUUUAGAUAUUUGAUAUUGUGCUUUGUAUAGGGUAUCUUGUACUGAUCUUAUUGAUUGUUACUGCAUACAUUUUUAAAAAAAUUUUAUUUUAACUGUUGAUGUUUUCUCCAUUUUGAAAGUACCGGUAAGUGACAUGUUUUCUGACUAUACUCCAUCCAAGCUUCUUCUACUUUUUUAUUCUGUUCCCCCUUCUGUGGUAAUCCAUAAAUUCUCUUUACUCUUGAGAACAGUUUCUUAUGUUAAGUUAUUCAUCUGGUUUUGUUUUUGUUUUGUUUGGGGGGGGGGAGGGGGGGGUUGGUUCUAUUCCAAUUCAAACCUCUUCAUUCACCCUUGAAAAAACCUUUCUUGUUUGUUUUGAAGCGCUGAAUUACUUUUUGCAGAUUUGAACUGCCCUCUGUUUCCCUUUGCUUUGUUGUGUCCCUUUGUAUGACGGAAAUUCCUCAAGGUGUGAGGAGGGGGUUGUUUUUCUUUCUCAUACAAAAGUGCUUCAUUCACCCUUUGAAAAACCAUUCGCAAUAUUUACAAUCACUUUUUUAGUUUUAACUGAUCAUAACUGCAUCCUGAUCCAUUGUUCAUAACUGCAUCAUGAUCCAUUGUUCAUAACUGCAUCAUGAUCCAUUGUUCAUAACUGCAUCAUGAUCCAUUGUUAGCUCUUUAGAAUGCGACUUUUUUGUGCGCACUAGACCCUGUAAUUCAGCUGAUGUUGAUAAAUCUUUAUGCCAUAUUUGUGUUUGUCCUGAGUCUUUAAAUUUCUGUUUGCUCUGGUACCGGUUUGCUUGUUAUUGUAUAGUCUUAAGUUGCUUAGAGAAGACGGUUGAUAUUUUUGUUGGUUUGUAUUGCCAUUUGUUGCUAUUGGAACAGAAUUGCUGUGAAGCCUGGUCAGAAGAUGUGUUUCUAGUGGCUGCUGUUUUUGUCUUCAGUUCCUAAUCAUCUUGUCCCCUUUUUAUAAUUUACAGCAUGCCCUUUGCUUUGGUGCAAUUAUAUUAUACGUCACGUAAUCAUAUUAUACACGCUGCAUAUGCUUAGCAGUAGAUCUGAUUUGUUGUUCUUGUUUGUUCUUCUUCAAUAAACAAUUUCAAGAAAAAAC